AGGAGGAGUUGAAAAUGAGUUGAGAGGAGGGAGGGAGAGAAGAGAAAAGAAAGAAAGAAAGAAAGAUGGGGAUAUCAGUGUCAAAGCGAGUUAACAACACUUUCCAGAACUCAGACCGAUUCAACUCAGCAUGUGACUCGGCGUUCUCUCAAUGUCUUUCUCUAACUCAACACGCUUUCGAAGGAGUUUUACCUUACCAACUCAAAACCGCUUCCGAUCAAAUCCACACCAUCAUCUCCGUCCAUCCACUCAUCCACAAGUGGGUCCCACAACCUCCUGAUCGGACUCAAGUUGAUUCCGCCCUCCGCCAUAUCCUUCCGUCCGAUCACGGCAGCGAUAACGUCCUCCGACUUCCGAUGUUCAAGGAUUGGGCUCGUUAUCUUUACACUGACGCUGUUUUGUCUUCAGCUACUAAAGCGUUGAUUGUCCGAGUUCCUGUUGGUGUCGCCGGAAUCGUUGGAAUUGGUGCCGUUGCUCACUCCGGUCCGGCACUGGUUGGAACUUUCGUUGGAGCUUAUUCUCUCGGUGUUGCUCUCUCUAUUUUUCUUGGUUUAUCCUCGUAAAUUAUUUAUUUUUUAUAAUCUCAUAAAUAAUUUAUAAUUUGCAAUGCUUUAGUUUUUACUCUAAGUUAAUUGUUCUGUUAAUAAAGAAAUGUAAAAUAAAUGUUAUGUUUCAGUUGGUAAAAGAAAUAUAAAUACAUUAGUAAAUUAUAUUAGUAGGAAUCAGAGUUUGAAUUUCGAACACUACAUUUAUUUUUCUUACGAGUGGAAUUUUUAGCUACUAAACUGGUUAACGAAUAAAAGAAAUAAAAUAAAUGUUAUUAAAAAUCACAAUAUUAAUUUUAAAAACUAACAUUUUUAACUUGAACAUAGUUUGAAUGUUUCAUCUUUGAUGGGAUGUGUUCAUCAGAAUAUGUGAGUUUGGAGAUGCCAAUGGUGUAAUAAAAAAAAUUCUUUGUGGUAUGAAAGGACCAAUUGUUGGUUUUUGUAGUUUAGUUGAAUUGUUACUAGAGAACAUAUCAGUUAGCAAUAAAUAAUCAUUCCAAUUUGAAGAAUUAACUUACUUUAUAGACACCUGGUUUUUAUUAGUACAAAGUUAGAGUGCUGCACAAAUUUUAGGGUCUGCUAGCUCCUUUAUGCCCAAAGACACCAAAACUCUUUACUUCACUGAAUGAUCUUCCCUAUCUUGAUCUUGUUAUUAAAAACCCAGGUUCCACAUAGGAUCAAAUGAGGCGCGAAAAGAGUUAGUGACACUUCUCACUUUACAAACUGAUUCUGUAAGGAUGAAUUAUAAUAUAAAAAUCUAGUAGUAGUUCGUAUGCCUAAUCAAGUCACAGAAUUUUGGAAGGAACUUCCUGGCAAGUUAAUUCCUUUCCAUAUCUUCCAACCAGACUUCGACCGUGUGAAAUCAUUCCACAAUGUCACAAGCGGAAUACAUGCUACUUGUCGUUGGAACAAAGAAAAUUUAUAAACCAUGCCAACCUGUUGUUAUUCAGGGGAAAGGGAAGACAAAGAAAAUGUGGUUUAGUUAGUUUUGUUAAUAUUGUUUUGUCAUAAGCAUUAAACCUAUAUAUCAAAUAAAAGGUUUUAUAAUUGUUAUUCUAUUUGACUUGACUGGUGGGUGUCUCCAAGAAAAAAUGUGUUUGGAAUGAAACUAUCUAAAGUCUAAACCUUAUAACCUGCCAGUCAAGAAACUUAUUGAACUAACUACUAGUCUAGUCUAGGACACAACACAAGGAAUGAAUUAAUUGAAGCAGGUAGACAUAGAUGAUUUUGAAUUAUAUUUAUGUUAUAUAUGAAAUGAAAUGAUUCAUCAGACUCCUGAAUCCUACAUGAUAUAUGCUGCUGCCUGCUGUGUUCUGAAUGUUCAUAUGUGCGUGUGUGCGUGCGUGUGGGAAUUAAGUGUCCUCCCAUGAAAUGAAAGUAAAGAGAAGAGAUUCAGACUUACAAGUCCUUGAGGCAUGUACUUUUGGAUUCCGAUUCCGGAGGAUCAUGGCGAUCCACGGAAAAUACUGAAGGCACAUUAGGAACAUCAAAUGUCUUUUGCAGAUGCAGAAGGGAGAGAUUUUCGGCAGACGCAGGGGUUGAGAAAGGCGGCGAUGAAGUUGAAGAAGCUGAGAAAGAGUAUUUCCUGUUUCCUGCUCCAUAACUUAUUGGUAGUGGAGAGGGAGGUGUAGGAGGUGAUGAUGUUGGUGACUCCCACUCUAACUCCAAACUCAUGUUAUUAUUAAUCAACAACAUUGUUAAUAUUCAUUCAUAAACUCUCACUUUUAUUCAUUCUCAUUUCCUUCUGUUUCAAAAGUGAUUUCCUGGAUAAUUUGAAAAUGAAUGCACAUUUUUUUAAGUAUAUGUAUAACUUCCUAACUAACGGUCAAUCCAAAUUACAAUGUACAGUACCAAGUACCAACCAUCUGCUAGUUAUUAUUGGGCAUUUGAGGAUCACUCAGUCAAAUCUUAGUUACUUUGGGUUUGACUUUCUGCUUGAGAGAACACCUAUUUUUGUGCACACAGAACUCUCUCUCUCCAGUUGAAUCCAAUUUUCCUCGGCACUCUGCCAAAGCCUUAGAUUACAGGCACAUACACUAUAAGCAAAGUGUCCAAGUUUAUAGCAGCUGUUAGAACAAAGGGACCAACUGCCGCGUAGGUAGUUCGGUUGGUGAGCUCAUAAACAUCUACAUGGCAAAGGGCGGAACUUACUUGGGUGCGAUCGGGAGGGGUGGAGACCCACUUGUGGAUGAGUUUGUUGGAGGUGUUUUGCACAAGCAUAUACUCCACGAUAUGAAUAACAAAUCAUAAUCUCUGAAUCCAACUCCAUUUGUAAAUGUUACAAGUUGUCAUGUGCUAGUAUUAUUGUGUUUCUUGUCAAAUUUAUCAUCGUCGAAGGGAUACUACUGAGUCAAAAAAUGGAAUUUCUUAAGGAAUGGACCAAUUGUUUGUUUUUGUAGUUUAGUUGCAUUAUUACUACAGAACAUAUAUCAGGUCGUAGAGAUAAUCCUUCUAAUUGGAAGUAAAAAACUUGCUAGAAACAUGGUAUUUUAUGACAAAUGUAGAAUGCUGCAAAUAUUUUAGGGUCUCCUCCUUUAUGCCUAAUGAAACCAAAACUCUUUACUUGACUGCAUGAUCUCCCAUUCUCCCCGGCAAAAGUUAUGGUGCAUAAGUAACAAACUUAUGCAUGGUGCAUAAGUGAAUGUCCACCAUCAGAUCUAAUAACACGUGUUAUAAUCCUAAGAGGAAGAGAUAUUGACGGAGCUGAAGCAAGUGGUGAAGGAAUUGCGUGAAGAGGAUUCGACGAAACGGCGAAUCGCGGCGGCGAGACUAAGGUCACUGGCGAAAGAUGAUGCAGAAGCGAGAGGCACCCUCGUAAUGCUCGGAGCAAUUUCUCCUCUCGUUGGAAUGCUCGAUUCACAAGAUCUUCAUUCUCAGAUCGAUUCUAUCUAUGCAUUGCUCAAUUUGCAACGAAAUAAAGCAGCGAUUGUGAAAAUUGGUGCUGUUCACAGGGAAAACGUGGUAUGAAGAAGAAGAUUAUUAUCCUCAAUACAGUGGUGUUGUUAGUGUAGGUUGGAUGAAAUGGGAGCUCCAAGAAAGAACUUUUUGGCAGAACAUCAUCAAACAUGGCGUCUUUUUACAUUUCCAUUUUUGCACGCUGGAGUCUUCCAUCUUGUUAUCAAUCUCUGCAGUGUCAUCUAUGCUGGGAUUCACCUUGAGCAGGAGUUUGGGCCAUUAAGGAUUGGUAUAAUCUAUAUACUAUCUGCUUUUGUGGGUGCUUUAGUGGCUUCUCUUUUUCUUCAAAACAUCCCUGUUGUUGGUGCUUCUGGUGCUUUAUUUGGAUUACUAGGAACAUUGCUUUCAGAACUUGUUUGGAACAAGAAAUUUCAUAACAAUAAGAUUACAGAAAUAGCUUCAUUAGUCUUUGUCUUUGUGUGCAACUUCUUGCUUGGUUUUCUUCCGUAUGUAGUCAAUUUUUCAAACAUUGGAGGUUUUAUAUCAGGAUUCCUUCUUGGAACUGUUCUAUUACUCUCCCCACAGUUCCAACAAGUAGCUCCAAGUAAAGGAGAUCAAAUUGAUUACAGUCUCAAAAGUUACAUGUUGAAGUUCAAGCAAAAGCCAGACAGAUCAGUUACUAGGAUUGUUUCUCUUAUCCUCUUCACCAUGUUAUUGGCUGGUUGUCUUGUUGCAGUUCAUUAUGGAAUCAACAUCAAGGGGGAAGAUGUGGGAAAAAAAAAAAGGAGAAGAAGAAACCUGAUAGAAAAAGAAAGAAAAUUUAUGAAGAGAAGAACAAAUCUGGUGGAAAAAUUAAGAGUGAGGAUGAACAAAUCUGUGUUGGAGGAAGAGGAUCAGGACUGUUGUUAUCCUCAAUACAGUGAACGGAAGGUGUCAAAGGCGGAAAGAAUUAAGGCGAUAUGACAUGCUCUUUGCUCUUAUGUUGUUGUGAGUUUAUAAUUGGAAUUAUAUUGCUUUCAUAUUGCUGUGAAUUUAUACCUUCAAAAUUAUAUUGUGUAUUUGGAAUGAUUA